CCCUUUUGCCUUUGCAUUUUCCGCUUUCAUUUCUUCAGAAACCAAACGCAAAAACGCAGAUACAAAACCAUCGGAAUACGCACAGACAAACAGAUCACUGUACACAGAUCUGCGCAGAAAUGUCGGGCUACUCACCGAUCAUACAUUAUGCCACCAGCAUAUUAUGCGGCAAUAAAGGCUCAAUGGAGAUAUCUGAGCUGCACCGAAGAGUUUUUCAGCGCUUUGAAAUUACCGAACAAGAGUUUUGGUACAUGAUUAAAAAAUGCGCCCGGUUCGCAGUAGUGCAGAGCAGAGCUAGAAAAGAUGAGGAGGAGUCUGACUGCAUCGUCGCUGCGAAAACAUCACUCAGACUGUGCAAGAAAUAUUCCAAGAAUGAAUGUCACGAGUGUCAGGAUUUACACCUGUGCAAGUAUUUUGUUUAUGGCAAUUGCAGAUAUGGGAAGGGAAGGAAGGAGUGUAUGUUCUCCCAUAAUAUUCAGUCAGAACAUAACUAUCCUUUGCUGCGGGAGUGUACACUUCAUGAACUGAAUGAAGACGAUCUCUUCCUGCUUCUUCUACAGAAUGAUCCUUCCCUUCUACCAGAGGUGUGUGCUCACUACAAUAAAGGCACAGGCCUUUUUGGGGCCUGUACCUUUAUGGAGCGCUGCACCAAGGUGCACAUUUGUCAGCACUUUGUGCAAGAUGACUGUCUGUUUGGCCCGAAGUGUAAACGGCAACACAGCAUUGACGAAAACAGCCGCAGAAUGCUGCAGGAACGUGGUCUCAGUGGCGAAAUCAUCCAUGACCUGCCCUACAUAUACCAGAACGUUCAACGUCUGAACUCACAAGCUCAACAAAGUGAAUUGAUAUCUGAACAAGGGGUCAAACCAGUCACUCAGAUAGAGAAGAAUGAAAUUUGUCUCCACUUCAUAAGACGAAAAUGCAAAUUUCAGGAUCAGUGCGUUCUUGUCCACUUCAAUCUUCCGUAUAAGUGGGAGGUUUAUGAUGGGAAAGGAUGGAGGGAUUUGAGAAACAUGGAGGAAAUAGAGCGAGCCUACUGCGACCCCAAGAAUGAAUGCAGUCCAGGCUCAAAGCCUGUGGAUUUUGUGUCCAUGAAAAGGGGUCGCGACCCUGUGCGGCGACUCUCAACGGUCUCUUCCAUCUCUAAACCCGCCCACUACAUCAUGACAACAGAGUGGAUUUGGUACUACAAAGGAGAUCAUGAGAAUUGGAUAGAGUACGGCCAACCGGAUGAUAAACAACGUAUGACAUCCAUAACAUCGCAGGAGCUGGAGAAAGCUUAUCAGGAAGACAGCACUGCAGAAGUUUCUGUCAUUAAGGGAAACAGGCAUUACUAUAUCAGCUUCCAAGAUAUGUAUCAAAGGAACCCCAAACACAACACAAAGAGAAGAGUGCUUAGACGACCACGCUUUGUGUCUAUCAACGAAGUGGAGAGUAAAGCAGCCCAGUGACAAACCGCACACACAAACAAACUGUGUUUACAUACAUUAGAAGAGACAUUACAAUUCUGAGUUGCUGUGCUUUAGAUUCUUGACAUUGGAUAUAAGUACUCACACACCCUCAGAUCAUGCUCAAAGCACUCCUCAAUGAAUAAAAAAUGUCACUGCUUUGAAUGAAAUAUAAUAGAAAUAUUAAUAAGAAGGAAUAUUAAGUAAAAGUAUAAGGUUCUGUCUUUGCAUUUCACCUCCAGCAAGUUUUAUGGCUACAUCUUUGCCUAUUUAUAUUAAAAAAAAAAAAAAAAAAAAAAGAA